AUUUUCCAUACCCAGUGGAACUUGCAAUUCUUGUUCAACCAACAGUCCGUCUGUAGAUAGUACAUAGAAAUAUUAACACAAUGUUGAGAGCCAGUCGUCCAACCGUGAGAAACGCUACCGUUUCGUUUGUUCGUCAUUUGUCGCAUAAGGAAUUGAAGUUCGGAGUUGAAGGAAGAGCUGCCUUGUUGAAGGGUGUCAACACUUUGGCCGAUGCCGUUUCCGUGACUUUAGGACCAAAGGGUCGUAAUGUUUUGAUUGAACAACAGUUUGGUGCUCCUAAGAUCACCAAGGAUGGUGUCACUGUGGCCAGAUCAAUUACCUUGCAAGACAAGUUUGAAGAUAUGGGAGCCAAGUUGUUGCAAGAAGUCGCUUCCAAGACCAACGAAAGCGCCGGUGACGGUACCACUUCUGCUACCAUCUUGGGUAGAUCUAUCUUUACCGAAUCCGUUAAGAACGUUGCCGCUGGCUGUAACCCAAUGGACUUGAGAAGAGGAUCUCAGGCCGCUGUGGAGGCUGUGGUUAACUUCUUGCAACAGAACAAGAAGGAAAUCACCACUUCUGAGGAAAUCGCUCAGGUUGCCACCAUUUCUGCUAAUGGUGAUGAACAUAUCGGUAACUUGUUGGCUUCGGCUAUGGAAAAGGUUGGUAAGGAAGGUGUCAUCACCGUCAAGGAAGGUAAGACUUUGGAAGACGAGUUGGAAGUCACCGAAGGUAUGAGAUUCGACCGUGGUUUCAUUUCUCCUUACUUCAUCACCAACACCAAGUCCGGCAAAGUCGAAUUCGAAAACCCUUUGAUCUUGUUGUCGGAAAAGAAGAUCUCUUCCAUCCAAGACAUCUUGCCAUCUUUGGAAUUGUCCAACCAAACCAGAAGACCCUUGUUAAUUCUCGCUGAAGACGUCGAUGGUGAGGCCUUGGCUGCUUGUAUCUUGAACAAGUUGAGAGGACAAGUUCAGGUCUGUGCCGUCAAGGCUCCUGGCUUUGGUGACAACAGAAAGAACACUUUAGGUGACAUUGCAAUCCUCACUGGUGGUACUGUUUUCACUGAAGAAUUGGACAUCAAACCAGAAAACGCCACCGUCGACUUGUUGGGUUCUGCUGGUUCUAUUACUGUCACCAAGGAAGACACCGUUGUCUUAAACGGUGAAGGUUCAAAGGACAACAUUGCCGCUAGAUGUGAACAGAUCAGAGUCUCUGUGGAAGAUGCUCUUACCACCGAAUACGAAAAGGAAAAGUUGCAAGAAAGAUUGGCCAAGUUGUCUGGCGGUGUUGCUGUCAUCAAGGUCGGGGGUUCUUCUGAAGUCGAAGUAGGUGAAAAGAAGGACCGUUAUGACGAUGCCUUGAACGCUACCAGAGCUGCUGUUCAGGAAGGUAUCUUGCCAGGUGGAGGUACCGCCUUGAUCAAGGCUUCGAGAAUCUUGGACGAAGUCAAGGCUAAUUCUGCUAACUUUGACCAAAAGUUGGGUGUUGAAGCUAUCAAGGCUGCCAUCACUAAGCCAGCCAAGAGAAUCAUCGAAAACGCUGGUGAAGAAUCGGCUGUUAUCGUCGGUAAGAUCUAUGACGACUUAUCCUUCAACAACGGUUACGAUUCCGCUAAGGGCGAGUUCACUGACAUGAUUGCUGCUGGUAUCAUUGAUCCAUUCAAGGUUGUCAAGAACGGUUUGGUUGACGCCAGCGGUGUUGCUUCUUUGUUGGCCACUACCGAAUGUGCUAUUGUCGAUGCUCCAGAACCAAAGGGUGCUCCAGCCGCUCCACCAGCCGGUGGUAUGGGUGGUAUGCCAGGUAUGUUCUAAACGGAAUGACUGAGCCAUUGAUGAAUUUGACGUUUAAGCAUAAAGAAUGAAAAUGACAUUUACUGUACAGAGAACAGAGUUUGACAGCUUGUUGUUGUCGUCUCCUAGCUCUAUAUCUAUUUUAUUGUAUAUAGUCUUAAUUAGUAUAGAGUUUCUGCAAUCGUUGUAGUUCAUAUUGUACUUGUUAACUAAGGUGUGCUAGAAAUGCGCACUAUCUGAUGAGCAUCGAAUUUAUUUCUGAAAUUUAAUAUAUACAAUCUCUUCUUU